AUGGAGGGGCUAAGGUGUGUACAAAUAAACUUACAACACAAUAAGGCCGCCACUGCCCUUCUGGCUAGGCAGCUAAAAAGCGACAAGUUCGACAUUGCUCUUAUUCAAGAACCAUAUAUUUACAAGGGAGAGAUAAGAGGCUUAAAUGGUACUGGCGGGACGAUACUGUAUAUCUGCCCCGAGACCUACCUUCCCUACGAGGCGGCGGAUCCCAUCACCACACAACUGCGGGAUCUUGCUGACUACGGCAGCCGGGCGAACACUGACCUGAUCAUCGGCUGCGAUGCGAACGCACACCACGUCAUCUGGGGAAGCUCGGAUGUCAACAGAAGAGGAGAGAAGGUACUGGAAUUCCUGGUAAGCUCUUCACUACAACUCUUAAAUAAAGGCAAUGAGCCGACAUUCGUCAAUGCUAGGCGAGGUGAGGUCAUUGAUAUAACGCUAGCGUCCAACAACGCAAGUAAUAAAGUUAGUUCAUGGCAUGUCUCUGGGGAGAUUUCUUUAUCGGACCAUAGAUAUAUAUGCUUUAGGUAUACCACUAAAAUCAAAGUAGAAGUUAUACUAAAACGGAAUCCCAGGAAUACCAACUGGUUAUCGUUCAAGGAUGACCUUAAGGCGGACCUGGGAAACCCCAAUGGUAAGCUAAACUCUAUUAUUGACAUAGAACUUGAAGCUGACAAAAUAGGGCAAGCCGUCCAUACGGCUUGGACAAAUAACUGCCCGGAAAAGAAAAUCCUGGCGAAGAAGGUACCCUGGUGGAAUCCGGAGAUAGAAAAACUCAGGAAAGAAACUAGGGCUGUCUUCAACGAUGCCAAAAGAAGUAAUGAUUUUGAGCUCUACGCGCGAAAACUCACAGAGUAUAGCAAGGCAGUGAGGAAAGCGAAAAGGAAAGCGUGGAAAAACCACUGCGAUCAAAUCGGUUCCAUUCCGGAAGGCAUGAGACUCACGAAGGCACUAGCCACAACGAAGUCAGUCCCACUCACCUCUAUUAGAAGGAGUGAUGGUGGAAUGACUGAAACGGGGCUAGAGACCCUCAAGGUGAUGUUACAAAGUCGCUUCUACCUCCCAGAUCAUUGUGCGCGCGGCCCGGAGGGGCGCAGGGCAGGGCGGGCGCCGCCCAAAAUAGCUCGCACGUGCCGCUCGCCGCCGGCUGCCCACGCGCAGCCAAGAUGGCGGCCGCCCGAGUGUGCGCACGAGUACAUGCGCACGCGUGUGUGA